CUCUGUUUAUUAAAUAUUACGUCAACUCAUUUACUUUACUGCAUCUAACUCAGUUUAGUGAAAUCUUUAUUAUUACAUCCAUGAUAAUACUGCUUUCUAUCCACUUAUAUGUUUCAGAACGACACUUACCAUUGAGAUUAAUAAGGUUUAUAUCUCUGUAACGUAAAUUACCAUUUAGAGGAUUUUCUUUGAUGUUUGACAAUGUAGGACAAAGCAAGCAUGAAAGUCAUUUUGUUCACUUUCCAAAAAAGAAAAAAAAAGGUUAAUUUAAAUAUUCAAAGAAACAGCCCCCUUUUUGUUUUGUUUAAUUUAUUUCGCAAAUGUUCUAUUUGGAUUUUAAUGAUAAAAAAGGAGGUAUUUUCAUAUCAUACAAAUGAAGAAGUGAACAAAACCAGACGUAAUGCCAGAUAAUAAAGUGGCGUUGUUUUUUUUGAAAAUGUUGUCAUGGUGAACCAGAAUUCAUGCUAAAUGUGCGAAUAAAAUUAUAGUUUGCCUUUGUUUGGAAAUUAAAAAAAAACGUCAGAUGUCAAUUUCAUACAAUAGAUGUAAAAGUAAAAUAAGGAC